UGAGAUACUCGGGGGCACUUCCCGAGCAUUUGUGGUGACACUAUCCUGCAGGAUUCGUGAGGAAGUACUCGUUGGCACUCGGCAGAUCGUCCUUCUCCAUUCUGGCCCUGGCCGCCGAGAAGAGUGCCCUGUCCUUGUUGGACCUUGAGGCUCUCCGCCACUUCCUCCUCCAGUUUGAGUGGUGUCUCCGCCGUUCCUCUUCGCUGACGCCAACCAGAAACUCGGACGAGGCACAAUACACUUCGUUCCAUCUCUUCAGACUCUCCUACUUCACAGUCCGGCAUUAUUUGCAGAUUGUUUAGGCUAGAUAGAAGCAGUGCAUUGAGGAUGAUCAGGUCCUUAUAUGAGACAGCAAAAGCCAACCCUUUUUGCUCCCCCCUUCAAGUAGCUCAUUGUGAGUCAGACACCCAUGGCUUGAAGUCUCCAUCACCCCACCGUAACAUCUCUGCAGCUGCAGCUUCUAGCAAAGAUAGUGUCCAGGGUAACAGCUGCGAGUUUGGUUCAGCAAAGUAUUAUGCCCUAUGUGGAUUUGGAGGAAUUCUUAGCUGUGGACUCACUCACACAGCGGUGGUUCCACUUGACUUGGUGAAAUGCCGAAUUCAGGUGAAUCCUGACAAAUUCAAGAACAUCUUCACUGGCUUCAGGAUAACAUAUCGGGAGGAUGGAUUUAAAGGUCUUGGACGUGGCUGGGCACCCACUUUCAUUGGAUAUUCCCUUCAAGGCCUUGGAAAAUUUGGCUUCUAUGAAGUCUUCAAGAUUUUUUAUGGGAAUAUGCUUGGGGAGGAGAAUGCAUUUUUGUGGCGAACAAGCUUGUAUCUGGCUGCAUCAGCAUCUGCAGAAUUCUUUGCUGAUAUUGCUCUGGCCCCCAUGGAAGCUUGCAAGGUUCGAAUCCAGACACAGCCAGGCUGGACAAAUCAACUUCGCCUCACUGUCCCAAUCAUCAUGAAGGAGGAAGGUUGGUGGGGAUUCUACAAAGGGAUUACACCUCUCUGGGCCAGGCAAAUCCCAUAUACCAUGAUGAAGUUUGCCUGCUUUGAGAGGACACUGGAAGCCCUAUACAAGUAUGUUGUACCCAAGAAACGAGAUGAAUGCUCAAAGGGAGAGCAGCUUAUUGUCACAUUUGCAGCCGGUUACAUUGCUGGUGUAUUCUGUGCAAUUGUUUCCCAUCCUGCUGAUACCAUCGUGUCAAAACUGAACCAGGAUAAGGGAUCUACAGCUGUUGAUGUUGCCAAGAAGCUUGGCAUGAGAGGUCUGUGGAAGGGUCUCUUGCCAAGAAUCAUCAUGAUUGGUACACUGACUGCUGCUCAGUGGUUCAUCUAUGAUGGAGUCAAAGUAUAUCUUCGACUACCACGUCCUCCACCACCAGAAAUGCCAGAGUCCUUGAAGAAGAAACUUGCUAUCAAGCAGGAAUAGGUUCAUUCCAGUAUAUCCAGGUGCUUUCUUCUUGUUAGGCCUAUUGUUUUUUUUUUGUUUUUUUUUUCCAUUGGAUUGUAUUCAAUGAUUAUUCAUAAAAAUGCAGUUGCAUAGUAGAUUGUAAGGAAGUAAAGUGCUCUUGUGAAAAACUGAUAAAAGUUCCUUGAAUCAUCAUUCAGUACAUAGGCAACACAAAAAAAGUCAAUGAGCCACUGUCAUUGUGAUGUUCAGUGCCUUAAGAACAUACCUAGAACUGUCUUAGAUUUUGACCUUCUUCCCAUUUUAUUUUGAGAUUGCCUUGUGAACUCUUUGAACAAAGAAGUGCCUCCCCUUCCAUUUAGAAGGCCUUUCCAAAUAGCCAUUUCAU